CCAGAAAACUCACCCCAGCUGCUCUCACCACAGCUUUUGGUUGCCACGCUUUUCUGUCAUCCCUCAUUGCUAUUCUGUUUGAUGCAGGACAGUCAAUGAGAACUGUGCCCAAAUGGCAUUUUCAGCCCCAGCUCAACUCAAUAGUCAGCAAUAUAAAAAGUCACACGUUGUCUCUUGAGAGCAAAAUCCAACUUGAAGCGUGGGCUUUCUUCACCUGGAAGGUCUUGCACUGAACAGCAAGCUUUAGUGCAAACCCCCACUUUGCUCAAAGAUGUUGUCUUGCCUAAGUAAUAGAUCUCAAAUGGAUGCCAGAAACAGCGCAACCUCAUUAAGAAAUGAGUAGAAGUUCCAAAAUCCUGAAGGGAACCUCUCUCUCCGACCAGAAACACCUACAAGUGCAUCAUUUCUCUUUACGCCAUCUGGGUAACCUCUCCCAUUUCGUGUGUUUUCAGUCAUGAAAGAAGGCAAUUUGAGAACUGAAGGAUACAAACUCUUGACUAGAAUGUGUUGUCAUCUAUCAUCCCGACACGGAAAAAGCUUCCAGUGGCUCAUCUGCUGCAGUACAUCUUUCCUGAAUGCUGCCUGUCUCAACGCAAACUGCCUCACUUGAUUUUCGGUCUUGAAAGUAAAUUGUGAGGCAUAAAGCAACUGUUACAGGCAUAAAACUGUUAGUGUACGUAACAAAAAUUCAGGCAUAUUUAUUUAUUAAAAAAUAAAAAGAAAGACAGCAACAAAAACAAAAAGCAAGAACAAAAAAACAAACAAACAAACAAAAAAACCAAGCGGAAUAUUGGUCCAAUCGUCACCACUGCAAUCCAUACCGGAGCGAUGCCCCAGCUCAUGAAAACUAUUGCUAAAAACCACAUCAUAAUGUUAAAAGGUUAUGAUCUUGUGGGCCACGUUCCUGACUGCCCAGAGCCACGUGCAACCCGUGGGCCAUGGGUUGAACAGGCCUGGUGUGGUGGCAGACCUGGAGUGCUAGGUUAACAUUAGGACUCGAUGACAUGAGCGGUCUUUCCAACCCCAAAGGGGUCACCAAGCAGCAGGCUAUGACGUCACCGGGUGAUGGAUUGUGAUUGCAUGGCCCUCACUGCUUAUACCGGGGCGCCGGCAGAGCCUGGCUCAGUCUGGCUUGUUCCUGGAUCGUGCUGAGCGACUCUGCGAGGCUUGGAGGUCGAGCAAGGCUUUAGCUGUGCUGUGCCGGGCCGUGCCUGUGGCUGCUUGCAGCAGCUCCCAGAGCUCAUCCCCACAGCACCUCUCGUGUUUCCCUGGCCCUGCCCUGUGCAGGCAGCCGGGGCCCAGCGAGACGCGCCCGCAGCAGCGGAGUGCGUGACUGCAGCACCGGUGAAGGAGAGCCACUGUCACCCUCUGCUCUCUCCACCUGUAGCAGCCAGUAAGACGACCAUGGCCACAACAGAGGCGUGGACGUGUCCCAUCUGCCGCGACGUGCGACGAGACAUCGCGUCUGUGGUCCCGUGCAGCCAUCAGUUCUGCGUGGGCUGCAUCCAGCGGUGGGCGAGGCUGAGGGACAGCUGCCCGCUCUGCAGGACGGCCAUGAGGACCAUCAAGGUCUCUGUGUGGGGGGACCAGCACUAUGAAGAGUGCGUUGUCUCCCCGCCCGCAGUGCCGGUACCCGCUGGCUUCCAGCCCGGCACCGCCACCCACUCCAACGGCACUGCGGCACGUGCUCCAUCCCCGCUGCCACGGCCACCCCAGCAGACGGCCGCGGAGCCAGAGGCGAGGGCGAGGCUGGGCGGCCUCCUGCCGCAGGAGUGGGCGGCACUGUUCAGGGAGCGACACAGCAUCCUCAACCCCGUGCUGCCCUCCCUGCACCAGAAGCUCUCUGCCAUCCAAGGGAUCCACUGGUGGCAGGUCCUGUCGGCAGAGAGCCUCUUCCUCUGCUGCCUGUGUUGGAUGGGGCCGGACAGGGACUUCAUGCUCCGGUGCGCAGAGCCCAGCUUGGGACCCAUGGCCGCGCCGCUCACUGACUGGCUCGUGCAAGCCAUCGUCAGUCGCUGCGGCCGGGAAGCCCGCAGGCUGCGCGGCCUCGAGGAUGAGGAGGACAGCCGUGCGACCGCUUCCCCACAGAGGACCCUCACAGCCAGCACCACGCCCUCCGGCAGCUCUGCGGGCCUGGACGCGGAAGAGCUCCCCGGCACAUCCAGUGGGCUCCUUCACGGGGACGCUGGCGAGCUCCGCGCCGCACCCAGCCCUGGGGAGCGGGAGCAGCCCCGUGAGGAGCCGGGGCGGGAGGCAGCAGGGCCCAGCGCCCAGGGCCGCAGCCACGGCCGCUCCGCUCCCGGCCGGGGCCGGCAGCGCUGCUCUGGGGGACCCCGUCGGCCCACGAAGAGGAGGGCCAGCAGUGCCCUGGGUGCUCCACAGCCCUGCAAGAGGCCGCCCCCCCGGCGCCGCUAG